GGGGAAGAAGGGUGGCUGCCACCCUAGUUCUACCACCUCAUCUUCUGUUUCGUCAACGCCAACCUCAUCCACUUCGACUUCGGAUUCUUUGCCGACGCCUACCUCCACCCCUUCGACAACGACAACGACCACUUCGUCAUCAACAACGACUUCCGAUUCAUCAACGACCUACACCGAAACGUCAACGUUGACUCCCGAUUCCGCCACGCCCAUCUCCACUUCCACUUCUUCUUCGGCCCUGUUCCCUAUCGCCUCCAACUGCGGCAGCCAAGAGGAGUAUUCGUCGGCCUGUGGUUGUAUUUACGCUGUAAGCAGCGUCGUGACAGAGACAGCCAGUGCACCCGCGAUGGUAACCACCGUCACCGAAAGCACCCGGAUCCCGUCGACAUCGACCUCGACAACCUGGAACACCUUCUCCCUGCCAGUCGACGUCGUUACCACGACCAUAACUAUUCCAACAACAGUGACCACCCUCUGCCGGAGCACAACGACCAUCACCACAACUGCACCCCCAAGGCCCAGCGGCACUUACCUGGCGAUCAACGGCGGCCCCAUGGACGGCAGCUACCUUCUCGCCGGCUCCAACGGGGUCGCACUGUCCUACGCGAUGGACUCGCCAGAGCAAGCCGUGCCGUUCGUCAUCCUGGCGGAUCAGUGGGAGGGCAGCCCGCUCGCCCUGGCGAGCGACCCGACGCAGCAUCUGUACCUGCACGAUGUGGAGGCCAACUUCAACUCCAUCGCCAUCUACGUGGGCACCGACGCCGACUCGGACGCGACCGGCUACUUCCUACCCAUCGAGUGCCAGCGCUCGGGCGACAUUGUCUCGUGCUCGGCGCUCAGCGCCGCCUCCUUCGACACCGUGUAUCAGUGCGGGCCGGGCUUCUACAUGGGUAACUCGGACGCCGGUCCCGACCGGGACGGUUGCACGCCCGUCACGUUCAGGGUCAUUCCGGACCCCAUGGUGGAUGCGCCGGCCCCGGCGCCGACGUCUGUGUAACGUGUGACGAGCAUUACGAGUAGGUAGGAUUCGGUGGUUGGGGGGAUGGAAAGAUGAGUCUGGGGGUUAUAAACUUAUAAUAAUGAUGCAAUUGGACAGAGCUGUAUCUGAAUUCAAACAAACACAUCCCCUCCUAGCGGUAGCUCUGUCAUACAGUCCAUUUGACAGCAAGCGUAAUGUCCGGUAUUGAUUAAUCUGUGUUGUGUUUUGUGAUUGCUUUGGGCAGUG